AUGGCAGCAGCGACGAGGCUACAGGCAGAGGAUUACCUAUGGCCGCUCACCACCCUCCGCGACACCCUACUAAACCCCGGCGCGACGCUUCCCUCCCCCAAGCUCCGCCUCAUCUUCACACACCACAUCGACCGUCUCCGUACACCCUGGCGGCGCGCCAAAUCCGGCUCGAAAGACGGCCCGAAUGUAUUCUCUCAGCCCACCGUCUCACCGGCUCCAGGCGUCCAGGUGGACAUUGACGAGCCGAGCCGAGCUCUGGCGUCCAAGCUGGCGGAGUGUACAGGCAUAGCCGGCGCGGAGGCUUGUCUUUUGGUCAAGAGCUAUACGACAUACGUGCAGGAUGGCUCUGCAACAGAGCUGGAUGCGCUGCUGGUGUGGUACUCGGAGGAAUGCCUCGCGCUGGCGCAGAUUGCGCUGGAGAUACUGCAUCUGGCAGCGCAGGCCGGGGACAGCGAGUGGGUGAAGCUCGCGCAGGACAUCAGGGAGGAGAUGAUGCCGGAUGCGGCAGAGUAUAUGGAGGGCCUGUUCAAAGGCUGGGCGGGAUUGGCGCAGCAGGGACUUGGGGAGAAGCAGGCACGGCAUGCGCUGUUCUGGUCAUCACAUCAGCUCCGACUUCAAUCCGCCGUCCUCGAAAUUCUCUUCCUGGUGCUAUACCAAACGCCCGAGCGCCCCAUCCUCAUCUCCGAAGGGCUCGUCCGCGGCUUCAUGGCGUCCAGCUUUGCGACCGAACAAGCCAACCGGGAUGUCUGGGAAUCGGACACUGAAUGUCAGCGGCUAUCGGUACGGAUACGUGACCUUGCCCUCCUCAUCGUGCUCGACGCUAUCGGUAUCGGCGGUAUCGUCGAGCCAGGCGAGAACGAGCUCGUCAGUGCUCUGCGCAACUCCAAGGAUGCCAUACUAUCCCUCCAUCUCUUCAUCAAUGAUCAGACGUCCGGUCUUUCGCCUGGACCCGCAUCUUCCGAAGGCGGAAUGGCCCCAGUCUUCCCCAUGACGCCCCUCCCGGCCGUCUCGCUCGCAUGGGCAAUCCUCCUCCAUUCCCUCCCGCCAGAUCGGAUGCCGCCAAAUACGGGCUACGAGGGACAGGCGUAUCAGGAAAUGGCUGCUCGGUCGCUAGCAGAGAGCUCGGGGCUCUUCCCUUGGCUCGGAGAAAUCCUCACCGGUCCUCUGCUUUCGGUGUCACCCCUCGGUGCCUCUCGGGACCGGAACGAGACCAGCCGACGCAAAGUCCUCAAGGACCUCCUCAUCGGUCUCGUAAGCAUGAUGCGACUCUCCAACCUCCCGGACCGUGCAGACUUGUACAACGUAUGGGACAUGCUUUUCUCGACCGGCUCCCCAUCCACCUCCCUUGCCCUUUCCGCCGACUACUGGGUCGCGGAUCAUCCCCAGCCACUACGCCGUGCCCUCCUCGAUGAGUCGCGGUACCCCUACGACCCAGCUCUCCUCCCUAACAUCCUCACAUCGCUGUCCGGCAUAACGGACGAGAAUGCUGCCGAGGCGGAACUGUUCGAUGUCCGCCCAAUCCAACGGGUAGCAGAGUACUUUUCCAACCUCGAGGCGGUCGUCAUACCGACAGAAACGGGAUGGUAUCGCUUUCUCAACAAGGAUGCAGAGGGGCGGAUGCUGGUAGAGGCGGCGAGGGAUUUGGUGCUGCCAGGUGGAAAGGUCGUUCACGCGGGCAGCCAGGGCGUUGUGCUCGAGGAGAAAGGGGCGAGACAUCUGGUCACUUGGCAAAUCCCGCUGCCGGGGUGGACAAUCAUGAUAGAAGUCAUGCGCGCUGCAUCAGGAUUGCGAGAUCUGAAUCAGCGGGAUGCGGCAGUAUCGGACAACUGCGUCUGCCUGUCGGUGGCGGAUCUAGGCGGCAAGGGAGGCCUGCUUGCCGGAUUGCGGCUCCUGAGCUGCGUUCUCAAGCCAAUAGGGGGGAUCGCGGCGCGACUCCUCACGCUCAUCCCCCCCACCGGCGGGCAUGCGGUCUAUACCAUUCUCGAAAUCGUCUUCCAGACUUUACAGCAAAUCGAGGCGGACGACUACAUCGCUGCAACUUUAUCCCUCGACAUCCUCACUUCCCUCCUCCACUUCCAUCCAUCACUCGUCUCCGCCGCCAUCCGCUCGACCGGCUUCUUUGGCGUUCCCGGCCGGAAGCGCGGUCUGGCAUACUCGCUCGUCCACGCUGACUCCGCCCGAGGGACACACGAGAUCACGGCCAGUCUCCACUGUGUCGUCUCUGCUAUGGUCGCCUGCUCGUUCCAGGACCAAGAGGACGACGCAAGCUUGCGCGCGGCGGUACAUCACACCUUUGCGGACGCGUGGUCCAUGUUUGCCGGGUGGCGAUAUGCCGAACCUACCCGGAAAUACGUCCUCGCCUCGAGACUGUGCGAGCUGUACGAGACUAUACUGUCCCACCCUACCGAGGCGGAUGGUAUCACCCUCACUGCCGCUGCUCAGGCCACCAUUGAGGUCUUCAUCACGUCCGCAUCAACCAUUACCUAUCGUCCCAUUGUCGAGCUGCUCGUGCAGGGCCCGGCAGUCGCUCAACGUAUGGCGGCAAACCACCAGGUUGGAGAAGCCGCGGCGGUCACUCGGGCCGUCGAGGCUGCCAUCAACCUCUUAUCGGCCUUACUGCGUGUAUCUAUAAAGUCUGGCGUCUCGGCUGCCAACCUCCCCUUCAGCCUGUUUUCGGCUACUUCGGUAGUCGACGGCGAGAAGGUGUCGCUAGUGGAGGCUAUACUGCACCUCGCAGUAUCGCCAAGUACCUCCGUCCGGACACCGCUCCUCAAGCUUGUCCGGACGUUCCUCAACUCGACCGCCCUGGAUCCCCGCAAGCCUAGCCUGGCGGGGCUGCUUCGGAACGCGGAUACGACGUGCGCCCAGCUGUCCCGUCUCGCCGCGGAGGAUGCUGCCCCGGAGCAGCGGGCUGCCUUGUGGGACCUCCUCGCUACUAUCAUCUCUACCCAGCCGGGAUGCGCACCUGCGUGCAUCGGCCUCGAAUCAGCCCUUGCCGCCCCCCUCGACCUUGCUGUCACCCAGCUGUCCGCUCCGGAGACAUUCGACGACAUUCCUCAGGUCCUCUCUUCCGCAUUGGCAUUCUGUCAUGCAGCGCUCAUCUUCCCCUCGGCAACGUCCACCAUCCCCACCCUUCGCACCAACAAGCCCUUCUGGAAAGCCAUCUACGACAUCGCCAGCACCUCAGUGCCCACCCCUCCUACCUUCCAACUCUCCAUCCACACACCGGAUUUUGCGGCCCGUAUCACGUCGUACGCGUACGCCACGCAGGCGAGGGCCAACGCGGCCGCCCUGCUAGCCACGGAACUCCAGCUGCUAGGUGAUGACGAAGAGAAGAGCGAGGCUUUGGACCUCAUCAUGGGGACCUGGCGGAAUGGGGAGAGAUUGGCCGAGAUGGUUGGAAAGGCGACACAUAGUAGUUGUGAGCCAGAGUUGCAGGCGAGGGAAGGGAAGCGGUUGGAAGUGGCCGGAAUAAGAGUGGAGAGAUCGCGAAGUACGCGGAUGCUCUGCGAGCGGGACUAUGGGAUUGCCUUUCUUUAUGAUGGCAACCCCCAAGCGCGAGAUCCGGACCACCAGCCGGUCGUGAACCUUGCCCUAGACACCCUCAACCUCAACUGGUCCAUGCUCGAAGCGGACAUUGCGCUCACGCGUGCCUUCCGGUCCUUAGCGGAUAACGUCGCGAGUUGGGCAGAGGGCGACCCUCUCGCUGCCAAAACGGCACUUCGGGCUGCCGCAGUCGUCGGCGAAAUCACGGCGGAUGAGCGGCGCUCUGGCGACGCGAUGCGCGGUGUCCACUUUGAGCGGCUGUCGAUCCUCGCGGUACUCCUGCAAAUCGCACUUGCCGAAGAUGUCCAGGUCGACUCUGCCCCCCUCGACACCAUAAGCGCCCAGGUCCGGACCAUUAUUGAAAACCCGGAAUUCCCCCCUAUCCUCUCCAUGCGCCAGCCCGAACUUCCCCCCAUCCACCGCCCCACCCUCGACAUCCUUCAAUCCCUCUUUGCCCGCCUCGCCGCCCGCCCAAUGACCAUCAGCAUCGAAAACACCGUCGAGGUCGGCGGGUCCUUCAUCCUCGAAGCGGCGGACCUCGCGCUUGACUCUGUCCGACGAGGCACUGGCGCACCGUCCGAUCUCGCCCUCACCACCACCCCUCUCUGCGAGAUGAUUGGCCUGAAAACCACCGUCUGGCUGGACAAACUAGCCUCUUCCAACCUCAUCCAGCGCUCGCUCGAGCUGGUCAAUCGGGUCCGGAUCCAAUCUGGCAAUGUCCCAGCAUAUCUCCCUAGCGUGCUCCUUCUCCACCUCGCACUCGCCAAUCAUCCCCGUGCGGCCGAGAAGCUGGCGGUAUCCGGUAUCCUUCCAGCUUACGGCGACAAUGCUAUUGCGACCGAGGCAGAGUACGGCCGUAUCACGCCGGACGUCGGCGAAUACUCGGUCCAUUCCGCUUGGUGCGGGAUGUUGCUGGUCGUCAAGACCCUGCUGGCUUCUUUACCAGACACGGCCAGCUUUGUCCGGUCGGACGUCAUCCCCUUUGUCCGCCUCACGACCUUUCAAACCAUAAAGAAUUUGUCGUGGGAUGCCGACUCGCCACUCUCCCUCCCCGCCAUCCAGGAAAUGAGCAGCACCAUCGAGCUCUUCCACGCCAUAUCCACGUCGAUCGGCGCAAACAUCACUCUCCUUUCCGACUUUUCAUCCGCUGCUCUCCCCCUCCUCGUGUCGAUCCGCUUUGCCCUCAAUCACCCCCGCCUCCUCUCCGCCCAAAUCGCGCCAUCAACGGAGGAAGAGCAGGCCGCGCUGCACAAAGAGCUGGAACAUGUCGAGGCCCAGCAAGAGGUGGUUCUUGUGGACUUUGCCAAGACGCCUAUCCUCGGUAGUCGGACCGCCGACCUCGUUAAGGCCGCGCGGACCGUUCUUCUCACCCUUGUCGGUUUCAGUGGGGCAUGGGACGUCAUGACUGGCCAAAGAGACGCGGAUGAGGGGUUGGUAAUCAUCACCGAGGAGGAGGUCAAUUCCGCCUCGGCUGAUCCGGUCGGGAUCAUCAAUGACUUUCAAAGUCUGGCCAAUACCCUCUCGGACCAGAUCUCCGCCACGACCGACGAGGGCACCGUGCUCCUCCGGGUAUGUCAUCAACUUGCAGAGGCCGGGUCGUUAUUGUCAGCCUCGCAGAUCCUGCUCCGACGCGCGGUUCUGCCAGAGCGGCAAGAUGAGGACAGUAUCAUGCGGGAUGACGAGAAAGUGGGGAAGGGCGGCAGAGUGAGCAUCGGGAGUGGAAGUGAGCGGGAUAGAGCCGAGGGGUUGCUCAGAGAGCUGGAGGGAGAUUGGAGAGCGAUUAGUAAUGGGGCAGGGGCGGUCGGGGACCGGGCGCUCGGGAGGUGGUUGGAGGAGGGGCUGGAAAGGGCUUUUGAGGAUGUGCAGGAGUAG